UUCCAGUGUUCCGGGUGCGCAUGCGUCGAGGGCAGCACUACCUCUGGCACCUGUAAGAACUCUGCACAGGGGGGUCACGCGGUGCGCCCUCCUCACCCGAAGUGAGCGGUGGCGGUAGCCUUGGCUGGGCUCCGGUAAAGGGCAGCAGGAAGUCUGUGGAACCAAGGUAACCGGGAAACUCGCUGAGUGGCCAAAGGCCAUCGGCUUCCCCGGCGCCGCAGGACGGCUUUUCCAUCCAGACGUUGUACUACCGGGUCCCCACCUGACGUGUUGCAACCCCUAUGUCGCCUCUGCAGAAAAAAAAACCAUAAACUCGUUGCUCACUGAGGCUGUUUACUGAAGACCGACUGAAUACCAAACGCUGUGCAUACUUCCAUUCUUAUAACAACCCUGCAAGGUCAUUGAAACGCCCCAUGGCCAUUUCACAGGGUUCAAAUGAAACGUCCUAUUUGCUGCCUCCAAACAAGGAGGACUGGGAAGGGCGAGGCAUCCCUGACUUUGUCUACGGGCAACAGGAACUCCUGUGGGAAGGGGUUCAGUGGCCGGAGUAUGCACCCAGUCGCCCAGACGCGCUGCCGGGGCCUGGCUCUCGUUUUGAUUCUGCUCUCUGCUCUGCCUGGAGGCAGCGGAUGGACCUGGGGCUGUUUCGCUAUUGCCUGGGGGAGCUGCAGACCCAAACCCUCCCUGGUGCCGUGGGUUUUGUGGCUCAGCUGAAUGUGGAGCGAGGGGUGCAGAGGAGGGCCCCCCAGAGCAUCGGCAGCAUGAGGCAGGCGUUUGACCCUAAACAGUUUAACUUCACCAAAAUCCGGCCGGGAGAAGUCCUCUUCCGUUUGCGCCGAAAGCCUGAUCUCCCCGGUGCGCUCCGACAAGAGGAUAUCCUCGUGAUGAUCAAUGUCAGCCCCCUGGAGUGGGGGCAUGUGCUGCUGGUGCCGGAGCCGGCCCUGGGACUCCCCCAGCGCCUGCUGCCGGGUGCCCUUCGGGCUGGGCUGGAAGCUGUGCUGCUGAGCUCACACCCGGGCUUUCGCGUGGGCUUCAACAGCCUGGGUGGCUUGGCCUCCGUGAACCACCUCCACCUGCACGGCUAUUACCUGGCCCACAGACUGCCUGUGGAGAGGGCACCAAGUGAACGCCUGGACCCUGGGGGCCAUUUGCACCUGCUCCAGGCUGUCCCAGCUCCCGGCUUCCUCUUCUAUACCGGUGGGCCAGAGCCGGACUUGGAAGCCUUGAUAAGCAGGGUAUGUCGAGCCACUGACUAUCUGACUGACCACGAGAUCGCACAUAACCUGUUUGUGACCCGGGGAGCCCCACCUGGAAAGACUUCACCUUCCUCGGCUCUCACGGGGGUCCGGGUCAUCCUCUGGGCCCGGAAGUCCAGCUUUAAAAGGAAGGAAAGUGAGGCCUUCAAUGUUGCCCUCUGUGAGCUGGCCGGGCACCUCUCUGUCAAAACAUCCCAGGACUUCGGCAGCCUCACAGAAGCAGCCUCUCUGGCCCUCAUUCAAGACUGUCUGCUGCCCCCAGCGCAGGCGGAAGAGGUGCAGGCAGCGCUGGUGGCCUUGGCUUCCCAGAAGGAGCCAUAAGCCUUCCAGGGAAUACUUGUUUUUCUCACCGGUCUAUGUCCCUUUCAGCAGACCGGCCUAUAAUGGUCAUUUGGGCACUUUCAUGACUGCCUUCUCACCUCUGUCAGCCUAAGA